AGGGCGCGAGUCCACUGCCAGCACGGCGCCCGCCUCAUCGGCCUACCCCGCGCCACAUGAUAAGUCCCAGCCCUUCCCCGGCUCCCGGCCGGACCGCCGCGAAACUUCUUCUGACUCUGCCGCCGGCCCUCCCUCCUGCCGCGUCAGAAAUGGAGGCAAUGGCGGCGAGAUCGCCCGGGAGGAGGUAUCCCAAGGUCUCGGCGGCCUAGCUUUCUCGCUCGCCAAGCCUCUCCGCAGAAAGGUGCGUGCUCUGCUCUUUGGUGCGCGGGCAACGGACUGCGCUUCCUCUGCUCGAUGAAAUGCCCCUGAGAAUGAGAGAAACAGGUAUCUUCAUGAUAACUAUCGGUCCUUGGUGGCGUUGGCUGUGGGGUAUUUACAUGCUGUUGUGUGCUUCUGGCAAUCGUGCUGAGUUGUGUGCUACUAAACCAAGCACUAGUGUUGGCACUCUAGUUUGGGUAAUUAGUUAUAAUUUUUGCUAGUAGUAUUAGAGAUUCCUUGAAUGACGCUAGCUAUGGCCUUACGAGGGGCAACCAUAUCGUGUCAGUGAUACCCACCCCUCUCUACUAGUAUAACGUAAACGUUACUUUGGGAGAAGGGGUGCCCCCUCACAAAAGGGGGUCGCGGUAACCGGUGGAACGACUAUAUUUACAUCAAUAAAUAACUCUUUCUUGCUAGAAGUGCCAAUAAUAUCCUAAUCUUAGUCUCGAGAUCGGCAAAAGUUACUUAACUUCAAGUGGAUACAUUGGGUGCAUUUUUCUAUGAGCAGACAGAUGCUAUCACACGGUUUGUGGCUGAAGGUAAAACUUCUCACAUGGUAAAUUGGUGAUGAUGUACCUUAUUGUCUUGAGAUCUCGAUCUCACAGACAAAUCAUACCGCUGAUGAAACAAAAAUUAUCUAAAACUGGUCUUCUUUACUUUAUCAAAUUAGACACCUCUUAAAACAUGACACACGGCAAUACCAAUCUCAAAGUACUUAUCUCUUAACGUUAUCUUAAGUCUUAACCCAUCUGCUCCUCUUCUACUUCCCAAUGAUUCCAUUAAUGAGCAGUACACAGCUUGUGCUAUAUGAGUCCAUGACUUCAGUGGGAAACAAAAUAGUUUGUCUUACCAUACAAGGAGCUCCAAGUAAGACAUGUGAGUACAAGCUAAAAAUAACCAAUGAAGAGCACAAUCGAGUGAGCCAAUUAAAUUGGAAUCCACAUCGAGAUUGGUGGAUACUCACGAGAAGCUAGCUUUGCAUAAAAAGAGAGAGCAGGCCUUGUAUUAUAGUAGGAUUUACUUCUGCUGACCCCCCCCCCCCCCCCUCUUCUAAAGGGAAGUCAGCUAACACACGCUCAUCUAGGUGUCCUUGAUCUAGAUCUGCGCAGCCGCACCCCAUAUACCAUUUCUCUUCUGCACACACUUGUGUUUCCCUGUGUCUGUACAGUGUGAGUUGCAAACUGUUGGAGCAAUCAUGGCUGAGUAUGCAGUUGGGCCACUGAUCUCCAUGCUGAAGGACAAGGUGUCCAGCUACCUCCUGGAGCGGUACAAGGUGAUGGAUGGCAUGGAGGAGCAGCGUGAGAUCCUGGAGCGCAAGCUUCCAGCCAUCUUGAAUAUCAUAGAAGAUGCGGAGGAGCAAGGAGCUUACCGAUCUGGAGUAAGCGCUUGGCUCAAAGCUCUCAAGAAGGUGGCCUGUGAGGCAAACGAUAUCUUUGACGAAUUCAAGUAUGAGGUUCUCCGGCGUGACGCCAAGGAUAAGGGACACUACAAGAAGCUUGGCUUUGACAUCGUAAGCCUCUUCCCUGCUCACAGCCCCAUUAUAUUUCGGUACAGGAUGGGCAAGAAGCUGCGCAGGAUUGUGCGCAUCAUUGAGGUCCUUUUCACAGAGAUGAAUGAACUUGGAUUGAAACACCUGCAGAAAGCACCACCAUCCAAGCAGUGGCGUAGCACGGAUUCAAUAAUACUCGACUCCGAGAAGGAUAUUGUCAGCAGGUCAAGAGACGAAGAGAAGAAGAAGAUAGUGAGUAUAUUGGUUAAUCAAGCUAGCGACAGGGACCUCAUUGUCCUUCCCAUUGUUGGAAUGGGUGGGCUGGGCAAGACCACCUUUGCUCAACUGGUCUACAAUGACCCUGCAAUCAAGGAGUAUUUUCAACUCCGGAGAUGGUGUUGUGUGUCAGAUGAUUUUGAUGUUGUUAAGAUUGCAAAUAGCAUCUGUCAGGACAGUGAGAGUGACCGUGACAAGGCAUUGCAGAACCUUCAAAAUGAAGUAAGUGGGAAGCGAUACCUUAUUGUGUUGGAUGACGUAUGGAAUGAAGAUGCUGACAAGUGGAAAAAACUCAGGACCUGCCUCAAGCAUUGUGGCAAGGGUAGUGCAGUACUGACGACCACUCGUAAUGAAAAGGUUGCUCAAAGCAUGAAGAUGUGUGUUGAUUAUAGCCAUAAUCUCGAAAAGCUACAUAAAGUGUUUCUUAAGGAAAUAUUUGAGAAUAGAGCAUUCUGUUCGCAAAAGAUAGAUGCUUCUGAGAUAAGUAACAUGGUUGAACAGAUACUGCACAGAUGCGGGGGCUCUCCUUUAGCUGCCAAAGCCUUUGGGUCUAUGCUGAGUACCAAGACUAGCAUAAAAGAAUGGACGGACGUACUGACCAGAAGCAAUAGCUGCAAUGAGAAGACAGACACUUUACUUAUACUCAAGCUCAGCUAUGAGGACUUGCCAUUACACUUGAAACAGUGCUUUGCUUUUUGUGCAGUAUUUCCAAAAGAUUAUGAGAUUGAUGUGGAGAUUUUAAUACAGCUAUGGAUGGCACAUGAUUUCAUACCACUGAAGGAAGAUGACAAUCUUGAAAAGGUAGGCUGAGAAAUUUUUGACGAGCUAACUUGGAGGUCAUUCUUUCAAGAUGUCAAGCAAACCCCUCCUCAAAGAGAACAGAGUGAGCUUCGUUCUAGAACAGUAUGCAAGAUACAUGAUCUUAUGCAUGACGUUGCCUUAUGUGUUAUGGGAAAAGAUUGCCUUACCAUAGUUGGUAGGCCUAAUCAAAAGGAGCUGUUGUCAGCAGGCCCUGCUCGCCACCUGUUCUUAUCAAGUCGUGUCAUCGGAACUCUUUUGGAUGAUCAUCUGAAGAAACAGUCUCCAGCUCUUCAGACAUUGUUGUAUACAUAUAUAAGGCCUCUUGGUCCAGUACCACACUUGUCGAAGUACAGUCAUCUGCGAGCACUGCAACUCUUUGAAUUGAGAAAGCUCCCACUUCGGCCAAGGCACUUACAACACCUGAGGUAUCUUGAUCUCUCAAACAAUGAAUUGAUCAAAGAGCUUCCCAAGGAAAUAAGCGUACUGUAUAAUCUACAAACUCUUAAAGUUUGUAAUUGCAAGAGACUUUGUCGACUUCCAAAGGAUAUGAAAUAUAUGACAAAUCUCCGUCACCUCUAUGCUAGUGGAUGCACAUCAUUAGAGUGCAUGCCUCCAGACCUGGGGCAACUCACUUCUCUUCAGACUCUAACAUAUUUUGUGGUGGGUUCUGGUCCUGGUUGCAGUACUAUUAGAGAACUAUGUGGCUUAAAUCUUGGUGGUGAGCUAGAGCUAUCUUGUCUUGAAUAUGUAACUGAAGAGCAUGCUAAAGCAUCCAGUCUUGGAAAUAAAGAGGAACUCACACAUCUAUCUCUUAAAUGGAGUGAUGACAGCAUCGAGGAACUGGACCAACAUAGGAAUGUGCUUGAUGCUCUUAAACCUCAUGCUGCGCUGGAGUUUCUAGGAAUAUAUUCUUACAGAGGUACUGCUUUCCCAACAUGGAUGACAAGUCAUACUUUUCUGCAGCAUUUGACUGAGCUCCACCUAGAUGGUUGUACGAUGUGCGAGCAAUUUCCACAAUUCGGUCAAUUUAAGGCCCUUGAAGUUCUCGUUUUGAAAAGAUUGAACAGAUUGCAAAUCCUAUGCGGUAGCAAUUCAUCUGCAGCAUUUCCAGCAUUAAAAGACCUCAGAAUUGAAAAUUUGGAGAUUUUUGAGGGAUGGGUUGCAACAGAACAAGAAGAAUCAACAUUUCCUUUACUUGAGAAUGUUCGAAUUGAGAACUGCCCAAAGCUGACAACUCUGCCUGAAGCAACCAGACUCAAAGUUCUAGAGCUAGAAGAAGACAAGCCUCAACUAUCCUUAUCGAUAUUGAAAUCCAGGUACAUGUCUUAUUUGUCUGAAUUAUUCCUGUCUGUUUGUGAUACAGAAGCAACACCAACACCGAAGAUUGAUCAAGAUCCUGAAGUAUCUCUUUCAAGAAUGGUGUUGACUGGUUGCAGCUUCCUGUUCCCAUCAAGUCCAUUGCAGCCAGCAGUUGGUGUCUGGAAAUGGUUUGGUCAGCUUGUGAGAUUGGAUAUUGAUUCUUGCGAUACGCUCAUCUCUUGGCCCGAAGAAGAGCUCCGAAGCUUGGUAUCAUUGAAGAUUCUGGUCAUUAAGAACUGCAGCGAGCUAAUAGGCCUCGCUGAGGUGAAAGGAUGUUGUACUCGAGGAAGCCUGCCCAAUCUAACAGAGCUAGCUAUAGUACACUGUGUCAACUUAACAGAGCUUUUCGUUCUCCCCCCAUCUCUCACGAGUCUGACAUUAGAAGAGUGCCAUAGUGUAGAGUUCAUACUGGGGCAGGGUGAUGCAACAGCAUCGUCGGAACACUGCAAUGACCUUGCAUCCAAUAAUAUGCCAGAGCAGUCACCUCCGCCCAAAGUUAAUCCUUUGCUAUGUCUCAAGUAUUUAAUAAUACAAAGCUGCAACAAGAUACGUUCCGUGCCAGGGCCAUUGGACACCCUCACGAAUCUGAAUAUUGGUGAUUGCAGUGGGCUGGAGUCAUUAGAUUCUUUGGGCGACCUACCGUUACUGCAAGCAUUAUCCCUAGUGGACUGCAAGAAUCUGGCAUCCGUACCGGGUAGUAAUGGAAACUACUCAGCCCUUGAGAAGAUCAUGAUUAGAUACUGCCCAGCUAUAAAUAUGAGGCCACUUUAUGGUCACCUCCAACGACGGUGCAAUAGCCUUGAAUACAAGGAUCUAUCUCAUGCUGGUUCAAGCAAUCCUAUCAAAGGGCCUAAACUAUGGGAACCGAAAUCUUGGAAAUAUGUUAUUCCUCGACAGUGGCCAGUGUACUGAACAGCGAUGAGCUUAUUAUGACUGCUCCUGCAGGCACUGAUGGUCGACAUAAACCGAUAGUUGCCCUCUUGAGGGGAAUCUUCAGUGCUGAGAUCUGGUUUUGUUUUCCCUGUUUGGUAAUUUGCUGCGGAGACAAGCCACUCGAAGGCCCGAACCCUCGGUAAAAUGGACCCCAAGUCGCAGAAGCAGCGGAGAAGGUUGUGCUGAAACAUGCUACUCUGUGCAGAAGAAGCAUCUGUGAGUAAGGCACCGUUCGGUUUCUCUCCACUCCGCUCAACUCCGCGGAGCUGCGGAGCUCGGUUUGAGCAGCUCCGUAAAAAGCUGCAGCAGCUUGCUCCGCUCCGGGAGCUGAGUCGCGGGAGCGGAGAGAAACCGAACAGGCCCUAAGUGUAGGUACACCUGCAUGCAUGCUACUAGUAUUUCACAUCUCUUUUUUGGGUUUUUUUUCACACCCUGUUGAGUAGAGCAUGGUCGAGGUAGUAGUUUUGACUGCUGGGCUGGCUGCGUGUGUCGCUGCCAGUGGACUGAUGGUAAACUUUGUAGCGCAAAUUCCUUCCUCGAGGAUUGGUUCUGAAAGCUA